GGCAGCUCUGCUGAGCACGUCAAAAUUCAGUUCAAAUUAAUUGUUUGAUUUUUGCAAACUUUUUUCCUGCGUGUUUGAGGAAAGAUUACAGGGUCAACGAUCACUCACAAUACUAUCAAAAGCAUUAUCAGUUCAGCUGUUGUUUAAAAAUUCGCAUGCUUGCACUUAGUCUUCAGUCACAUGUAAACAGUGUGCGUCGUCAAUGAAAAUACAAUCCUUUAAUGCAAUAGAAUUAAUGUUAAAAUGAUCAACCGAAAUACAUCUGCAGUUUUAGUGUUAUUAGUUAUACUGUUCGCAAAUUAUCAAGUUCAAUGUACUCGGAAAUUUUGGCGUGGCAAGCAAUUCUCAACGGACAGUCCAAGCCGACACUGGUCAUUUCAAGGGCUAAGUGACAACGUUCAAACUUUAUGGUUUGAUCAAAUAUUGGAUCACAACGAUCCAACAAAUCCUGCAACUUGGAAACAACGUUACUAUGUGAAUGAUAGAUUUUUUAAUUCAUCCUCCGGCAAUGGACCAGUGUUUCUUAUGAUUGGUGGCGAGGGAGAAGCCACCGCUCGUUGGAUGAAUGAGGGAGCGUGGAUUCACUAUGCCGAACAAUACGGCGCAUUGUGCUUUCAAUUAGAGCACCGUUUCUAUGGUAAAAGUCAACCUACAAAAAACCUAGCUACGGAAAAUCUUCUUUACCUUACAUCGGAACAAGCACUUGCCGAUUUAGCCUAUUUUAUUGAAGCAAUCAAUAAUAAAUACAAGUUGACUGAACAAAACUUUUGGAUUGCAUUCGGAGGUUCAUAUCCGGGUUCAUUGGCUGCCUGGUUAAGAGAGAAGUAUCCUCACCUUAUUCACGGUGCUAUCAGCAGCAGUGGACCGCUUUUAGCUAAAAUUGAUUUCAAGGAGUACUUUCAAGUAGUAGUCGAUUCUCUUGGGCAAUAUUCCGAACAGUGUGUAACUGAUAUUCAUAGUGCAAUGUCACAAAUAGAAACGUUACUAAAACACAUGAUUGGCCAGCGGAGUUUAACGGAGAAGUUUAAGCUGUGUGAUCCGGUAGAGAAGUCGAUUUCUAAUCCAUUGGACAUUGCAAGUCUCUUUGAAGCAGUGGCUUCCAAUUUCGCAGGCGUUGUGCAGUACAAUAAGGAUAACAGCCCCCAUGCAAAAAUCACCAUUGACCAGGUUUGUGAAAUAAUGACUAACCAGAGCAUUGGAGUUCCCGUAAAUCGCCUGGCAGAAGUCAACAAAUUAGUAAUGAUUCAAGACGGCGAAAAAUGUCUGGAUUACGUUUAUAAUAAAACGAUUAAGCAGAUGCAAAAUACUUCUUGGGAUGCCGAAGUUGCAAGCGGAGCCCGUCAAUGGACAUACCAGACUUGUAACGAAUUUGGCUUCUAUCAGACAUCCGAUGAAUCGGAUUCAGUUUUUGGAAAUCGUUUCCCAGUUGAUUUUUUUAUUCAGCAAUGCUUAGACAUUUAUGGAGAAAAGUUCAAUAGCGAAACUCUCAAACGAGCCGUGUACCGAACAAACACUAAUUAUGGUGCUUUAAAUCCACCAACUACCAAUGUGCUGUAUGUGCAUGGUUCCAUCGAUCCGUGGCAUCGCCUAGGUCUUAUCUAUAGCAACGAUUUGAAAAGGCCGACCAUUUUCAUCAACGGUACAGCCCAUUGUGCCAACAUGUACGAACCCAAAGAUGAUGAUUUUCCUCAACUCAAAGCUGCGCGCGCUGAAAUCAAUGAUUUUAUUGGCAACAUACUCAAAAGUGACUCAAACUGACAUCCUGUAUAAAUAAUUAUCUUUAGUAUAGACUGAUCAAUGAACCGCUCUCUAUCAAUAGAAUAUGAUUAUAUGUAUGCAAUGCAAUUAAUUCUACUGUUAAUAAACUACUGGAAUAUUUGAGAUUUUUGGGAAUGAA